AUGAACAGUACUCUGAACAGUGCUGCUUCCAAAAACCAUACGAUAGAUGAUAAUCAGAAACUAAAGCCUCUCUUUUUCAAUUACCACGAGUUCACUGUAACACAAUACACCGAUUUAGAUGGUCAACUGAGAGAACAUGAUGAAGAUCAAGCAUUAUGCAUAACGCACUUCCCUAAUGUCUACGAGCCUAUUGAUUCUGAUCUAUUUAGUAAGACAAGGAUUGUUAGAAUUCCCAGAAGAUUUGAUAAUAGCCUGGACUAUCCUUGCUUCAGCAACCAGUUACCGGGGUCGGAACCAGCGGCACUUGUAUCGUAUGAUGAACAGUUCAAAUUUCUUCCCAAGGGGGAGUAUGAUGGGCAGAUAUUUGGUUUAUCGUCUGUCAGUCCUCUCAGUCAAUAUUUAUCCAGUAAGGAACUGAGCGAUAUUGUGGACAAUGUGAAUGAUUACCUACGACGCGGAUAUACGACCUCUUCUUGGUGGAAUAUUCUGAAUAAUCUCGUUGACACUCUGACAUUUAAUUUGUGGAACAGUAUCUUAAUCCGAGUAUUUGAUAAUCCCCUAUCAGAACUCGAAGAUUACGUGCAUAAAAUCAAUGAUUCAGAGCCUUUUAAAGCUAAGAACCUCAAGAUAAUUUCCCCACGAAGGUCUGGCUAUCUCUCGGUAUGUUUUAAGCAUUUGUGA